AUGGACGGCGCGUCGCCGCUGGAGCGGUACCUGGAGCGCUGCGGCGGGCAGGAUGACCUCUCAACUAGUCCUCAGCUGUUUGCUCCCAUGAGCCCUUACGAUGUAGACCUUCCAAUUCAAACAACUGAAGAUGUCUUGUUCGGUUCUCAAUUUAAUCAGCCCAAAGAGCUUCCAACAGACUUCUCCGCUGUGGACCUCAGCUUUCUUCCAGACAUUACCCAAGAUAACAAAGAACAAAAUCUAUCUGAAGAUGGUCACGCAAUGCAAAAAGAGCUUGAUGGGGCAAUAUCAAGAAAUGAGGACAGCGGUAUCUUUGUGGCUGAAAGCAGCUUGUCAUAUCCAGAUGCAACUCAGCCAUCUCCUGAAGCAUCUGGCAUCUGUCCUCCUCUGACACCAAUGACGCCUAUGACCCCAGUGACACCUGCAUCGGAAAGCUCUGGCAUAGUUCCUCAGUUACAGAAUAUAGUGUCAACUGUAAACUUGGCUUGUAAACUAGAUCUGAAGAACAUAGCUCUGCAUGCCAGAAAUGCAGAGUAUAACCCAAAGAGGUUUGCUGCUGUGAUCAUGAGAAUCAGGGAACCACGAACAACAGCCCUCAUCUUCAGUUCAGGAAAAAUGGUCUGCACAGGAGCAAAAAGUGAAGAGCAAUCACGGCUCGCAGCCAGGAAGUACGCGCGUGUGGUGCAGAAGCUUGGGUUCCCUGCCAAGUUCCUCGACUUUAAGAUCCAGAAUAUGGUUGGGAGCUGUGACGUGCGGUUCCCCAUCCGGCUGGAAGGCUUGGUUCUCACUCACCAGCAGUUCAGCAGCUAUGAACCUGAACUGUUUCCUGGCCUUAUCUAUAGGAUGGUCAAACCAAGGAUAGUGUUGCUUAUCUUUGUGUCGGGGAAAGUUGUACUGACUGGAGCAAAAGAGCGUUCUGAAAUCUAUGAGGCAUUUGAGAACAUCUACCCCAUUCUAAAAGGUUUCAAGAAAGCAUCAUAG